GUAGGGGGUGGAGAGAGGGGUGCCCACGAGACACCCCGCCAUCCGUACUCACGCAUACGCAGCAGCUCAGGCGCGCGAGCAUUCACAUCACGAAAUCCACGCGCGAGCGCAGGACGUCCUACGUACACUGAGGAGAAAAAGUUUUACCGUCUUAACCCUAACGUUUUAUACUUGUUUUGUGGUUUGACCGUACAAUGUGAGGAGAAAUGGCAGGGACAAGCUCUGAUUGGGUGGAAAUCCUGGAGCCUCGUUCCAACGAGCGCAUGUAUGUGAAUCUUUCCACUGGAGAGUGCGGCUGGGAGCCGCCCAUCAAUGCACCCAUCCGCCAGGCUGAUGGCAACCAGUGGUGGGAGCUCUUUGACCCCCACAGUGGCAGGUUCUACUACUACAACUCUGCUGACCGCAUGACCGUGUGGCAUAGGCCGCAGGGUGCAGACAUUGUCCCUCUGUCUCAGCUCCAGGCCAUGAAACGAAGCACAGAGUCUGAGCGCAGGUCUGAUGGGGGCACUAAGGAAAGGCCACAUGGGAAUCAUUCUACAGGGAUUCAAGACAGACGCACUCCCCUGCCACCUAUUGAGGCCUACAAUAAAGAACCUGAAUGUGCAGGCAAAGAGCCCAAAGAGCAAGAAAUGGAGAACAGAUAUAAGCCAGACAUUCACAGCACAGACUCCAGGAAAGACACACUCAGUGAAGAGCAGAGAGACACAUCUCAGCGGUGGCAGCCCCCUCCUGGUUCCAAAGCAGCCAUGUUGGUAAAGGUCAGCAGCAUUGGCAGAAGCCAGACAAAAGGAACCAGUGGAUCAGCUUCCCUCCAUCUCCCACAGCACAACCCACAGAGCAAAGCCAAUGGCCAAAGUGCAUGCACACUCAAUCCUGGUAGGGUCAAAUCUGUUUCAGGCUACAUGCUGUUACCACAGGCUUACAAAACCACACCGGGUGGAAAAAUAGCACCAGACACCAGGCAGGCCCACCACUUGAGGAAGACAAGCAAUGGCAGCUUUUGCCUGGUGACCUCUGGGGACUUUGCACCACACCCAGCAUCUCUACGGCCACAGUCCAACUCACCUAGGCCGGUAUCGCCCCAAUAUGGAGCAACAGCAUACCUCUAUGAUGAUCCAUCAACUGACAGUCCCAUUUAUGAUGACCCUCCAGUAGAUAUGGAGGUAGAAGGCGCUCACCUACAGAACGGCCCAUCAAGACACAAUCACAGCCUGCAGAAAAUGAAACUUCUCCAGCACUCAGCUCAAUCUCAUAAUGGCUCCAGACACAAGAGGAACCCUUCUUCAUCUGACUACAGUCCUGCUGGCCUGGAGUGUAUCAAACACAUGGUGAAUGUAGACCCCAAACAGGGGCUGCUGUCUGCCUCACCAGUCCCCUCUCCUAGCCCCUCUCCUAGCCCCUCUCCAACUUCUGCACCUGAGUCCCUGCUUCUCCAAAUGAGGGGACCAACCAGUCUGGAAAAUAAACAGUCGUGGAGGAUUCUAGAAGCAAGUGUGCUAAGAGCUAUGGAUGUGCACCACAGCAGGCAGGGCAGCCAAGGAUCUCAGGACUAUUCCACACCACCACCUCCUGCUGUUAGUUACCAAGACUCAGGUUACUCAACCGGUCCGUCUCCCAGCUUGCAAAAGAAAAGCAGGAGGAGGAUGGGUUCCGGGGCCCAAGGCCGACCCGGGUCUGUAGGUAGCACUGGGGAACUCACUGCCCUAAAUGAGCGUCUGAUGGAAGAGAUGAGGGAGGUGGUUAGUCGCUCAAACACUAUGCGAGAGACCAAAGCUAGUCUGGACUCUGAGAUGUCAGAUGGCUUUUCCACACAGCGCACACUCAGUGUGGGACAGUGCUCAUCCAGGGAAGAUCUUGCAUCUUCUAGCAGGUCACUAAGCAGAACAGGUAACCACCCAAAUGAGGCCUUUACACUACUGGAGAUUCCAGGACGGCAGAAGCGGACAUAUGAAAAGGUGGACACGUUAAAGAAGAGUGUUGCUUUGUCCUCUCAUGAGACAACUGGUCCCCCCUCACAGGCGGGAACGGCGGAACCUAAUAUUCCAUUGGAUAGCAGGAAGAAAGGUAUGGUAGAUAGCCGAACAGGCUCACUUGGGCCUCAUCGCCACGCUGUCAGCGAUAUCAAUCUGCAAGGAGGUGAUGGUGGAGGUUACCAGCUUUCCUAUGCCACUCUCCGUCAGCCCCCACCCCCAGACACCAGCAUGGCAGACUGGGCCAGCAAACACCUGAACAUGCACACUCAGGGUCUGUUCCGCCGGCGAGUCUCCAUCUCCAACAUGCUGUCGUGGAAUCGCGGCUCUAUCAAGAAGCCCAUGCUAAUGACCAACGACCGCAUCGUGCGCAAAGAAGCCUGCGAGAUCUUUAAACUUGUCCAGGCAUACAUGGGAGACCGGCCUUCACGGCUGGACCUGCGCCAUGCUGCGCUCCUCAUUGUUACUAAGUGCUGGGGCAUGCAGGGCCUGAGAGAUGAGCUCUACGUCCAGCUUGUGAGGCAGACCACUGGCAACACCAACCCACGCAGCCUGGCAGCAGGCUGGGAGCUCAUGGCGGUGUGUCUUGCUUUCUUCGCUCCUUCACCCAAGUUCUGCUGCUACCUGGAAGGCUACAUUCAGCGCCACAUAGAGCCAACUAAUGACAAGAAAAUAACCCAGUUCAUACUAGAUCAGCAGGAUAUUAAGAAAAAGAACUCAAAGUCCAGGAAGAAGAGGAAGCAGAACACAGAGGAGGCAGAUGCUCUCCCCAUCAGCACUUAUGCUAAAUACUGCUACCGAAAGCUCCAAAAAGUGGCGGUCACUGGCGGGAAAAAGGGUCUCCGUAAACCCACCUUGGAAGAGGUAGACCACAGUCGGCGUGCCAUCAUUACCCCGUCUCUGUUCGGCAGCUCUCUAGAGGAAGUAAUGGAGCGGCAAAAUGAGCUCUUUCCAGACAGGAAGUUGCCGUGGGUGCAAGUGCAGCUGUCUCAGUAUGUGCUAGCUUUGGGUGGAGCACAAACUGAGGGGAUAUUCAGGGUACCUGGUGAUAUUGAUGAAGUUAAUUCCCUGAAGCUACAGGUGGACCAGUGGAGAAUCCCUGAAAAUUUGUCAGAUCCCAAUGUUCCUGCCUCUCUGAUGAAGCUUUGGUACCGUGAGCUGGAGGAGCCUCUUAUACCAAUGAGUUUCUACAUGCAGUGUGUCAGCAACUAUGAUGACCCUGUGGCCGCCAUCAGUGUAGUGCAGUCUUUGCCUGAGCUCAACCGACUGGUGCUGUGCUACUUCAUCCACUUCCUACAGGUAUUUGCUCAGCCUACAAAUGUUGCCGUCACAAAAAUGGAUGUGAACAACCUCGCUAUGGUAAUGGCGCCCAACUGCCUUCGGUGCCAAUCGGAUGACCCCCGUGUCAUAUUUGAGAACACCCGCAAGGAGAUGUCUUUCCUGCGCAUGCUCAUUGUACAUCUGGACACAAGCUGUAUAGAGGGCAUUGUUUAAAGUUUCUUAACUUCUCAGUUCUUCUCACUGGCAGUCCAUGAAUCAGUGAUACUCAACCAACCUUCCAGAAAACUGAGAGUUACCAGUAUGUGUGACAUCGUGUUAAAAAAGAAAACUAUUUAAAUCCUUGGACAAAAGGACCCUGUUAAGAAUGAUUCUAUAUGGGAAAUCUGUUUUUGUGUCUCCAGUUUCACUGUUCCCUUCUUCAGUUGUUUAAUUAAAAAGUUAACUGUGUGUUCUGUCCACCUCAGUGACAUAAAGACUUUUGAAGUGAAAAUGUAUCGAAAGGAACAUGGCCAAAUUCUAAGUCCUUCAUUCUGUGAGUCAUUUUAAGUCCAUUGCAUGUUCGAGAAAUGUUACGAUAAACAUGAAAUGGUAAUGGUUUACAAUGCCGUUAAAUGUAACUUGCAUGGAUGCAUUGCUUUUUGAGCACACAAACACAAUUUGCCUGUUUUGUAAAGUAAGUAAUAGUGACAUUUGUGAGAAAACAUUAGUCGUUUGUUUGUUCUGUCAGUAAAGAGUGUUUAUGUGUGUAUCUAGAAUUUAAAAAAAAGAUGAUCUAUGUACAGGACAAAUAUGUAAAAGAUGUAUUUUUUCUUGAUUUGGUUAUGAUCUGAUUACUAAUGAUGUGAAAGCUUUAACCAUAGAAAUUAGAUUUGCUUUCUUGACAUUGCGCACUCUUAAUCAAAAAUAAUAUGCAGUAUUUUAAGCAGUGAAAUUUUUCUAUUUUAUUAAUUUCUUGAAAACUUUAAAUUGAUAAAAGGUGUGCGUAACUAAUACACCCUGAUAAUCAGUAAAGUAAUUUAUGCUAAAUUGGACAUCAUAUGGUACAUUUGCAGCUCCCAUUGGAAUUCGACAGCUUAGUAAAUCCAUUAACAUUUGGAUAUACCACUUUAAGUUUGUAAUUGAAUCAAAUUUAUGUGAUAAGAAAAAUAUAUGCCAUUCUAUGAUGCCUAUAAUAUAGAAGUGUGUGUGGGGGGGGGGGGUGGUAAGGUAAAUUAUGUCAAUCACAGGUACCCAUUUCUGUGUAGACUGUUUAAUUAGUCUGUUCAUGAUCAUUUCUAAUUCUAAAGUGCAUUGUGUUUUUUGUAUGUAAAUAAAGCUUGUAAAUAGUGCUGCUUAUUUCUCUGACAAAUAGAUAAAAGCUAAACAUUUUGUAUUUAGUAUUCAUGUACUAUAUGCUAAUUAUGUAUGAUCAAAAUAUUCUAUACAACCAUUGGAUUGUGUAUGUAUUUUGUGUGAAAUGGAUAUCGUAUAAGUACAAUAAAGAUUCA